CAGGCAGUUUACACAUUGCCACAGGCACUUCAACAAUUCUCAACAUCACGAAGCGAUUGUCUGAUCCUCGACCACACUGGCAAUCAUGAGUUCCAACCCUGCUGCUGCGCUGCAGCGCAUUGAUGCCGGCUCUUUGCGAGACAUUUCCGAAGACAACCCCAACCGUGUCCAGCAACCUGUUAUGCAAUGCGUUCAGAUCAAGCCCAUUGCCGCCACGACCGGAGGCGUCGAGCGCAACAGAGUGAUACUGAGUGAUACGAGAAACUACAUUCAGUCAAUGUUGGCUGUACACCUGAACCACCUUGUUGAAGAGAAGAUCUUGCGGAGGGGGGUGCUCGUUCAACUCCUCGCUUAUUCCGCAAACAAGGUCAAGGCAAAGCGUAUCCUCAUUGUCACGGAGAUAAAAGUCCUCGAAGAGUUCGGCGAACACGAGAAAUUGGGCGACCCCAAAGCCUUGGAAUUAAAAGUCGAAGACGAAGAGAAGCCCGCCCCUAAUGCCAUCUCAAGCAAUGGCUUUUAUGGUGUCAAACAAGAAUCGCAGAAACAGGGCAGACCCAUGCCGAGCCAUACCAGACCAUCCUCCUCGAUGGCCCAUGCGAACAUCUACCCCAUCGAAGCCAUCUCCCCAUACUCAAACAAGUGGACAAUCAAAGCUCGGUGCACAAGCAAGUCGGACAUCAAGACAUGGCACAACCGCAACGGCGAAGGAAAACUGUUCAGCGUCAAUCUGCUGGACGAGAGUGGCGAAAUUCGUGCUACUGGUUUCAACGAUCAAUGUGACCAGCUGUAUGACUUGUUCCAAGAAGGGAGUGUUUACUACAUCUCCAGCCCUUGCCGGGUAACAUUUGCAAAGAAACAGUUCUCAAAUCUGCCCAAUGACUAUGAAUUGCACUUCGAGAAAGAUUCGACCGUGGAAAAGGCUGAAGAACAAGACGAUGUGCCUCAAGUUCGCUACAACUUCACCGGCAUUGCAGAUCUUCAAUCUGUGGAGAAGGAUACCACAAUCGACGUUAUUGGUGUUUUGAAGGAUGUCGGAGAGACCUCGCAGAUCACCUCAAAGACAACCAGCAAACCCUAUGAUAAGCGAGAGCUCACCCUUGUGGACGACACGGGUUACUCUGUGCGUCUGACAGUAUGGGGUAAGGUGGCAUCAUCUUUCGACAUCCCACCUGAAUCAGUCGUUGCAUUCAAAGGCGUCAAAGUGUCGGACUUUGGAGGACGAAGUCUAAGUCUGCUGAGUUCUGGCUCGGUCACGGCCAAUCCUGACAUGCCCGAGGCACACAAACUGAAGGGUUGGUUUGAAGAACAAGGCAGAUCUGGUAACUUCACCACACACGCCAAUGUCCAGGGCACUGUCUCUGCUGGUGGUGGCCGAAGUGACCCCUUCAAGACCAUUUCACAGGUCAAGGAAGAGCAACUCGGAAUGUCCGAGACCCCAGACUUCUUCGCUGUCAAAGCAUCGACACAGUACAUCAAGCAAGACAAUUUCUGCUAUCCUUCGUGUCUAUCCGAAGGCUGCAACAAGAAAGUUGUCGAGAUCGAUCCUGGUCAGUGGCGCUGCGAACGAUGUGACAAGACCCACGACCGACCCGAGUACCGCUACAUCAUGUCCGUCAACAUUAGCGACCAUACCGGUCAACUGUGGGUAAGCUGCUUCGAUGAGACUGGUAGACAGAUGAUGGGAAAGAGCGCGGAUGAACUGAUGGAGAUCAAAGAAGUUGACGAGAAAGCGUUGACAGAGAUCUUUUCGGAUGCAAAUUGCAGGACAUGGAAUUGGAAGUGCAAAGCCAAACUAGACAAUUUCCAGGAGCAGCAACGGGUCCGGUACCAGGUUACUUCGGCGUCGGCGCUGAACUUUGUGACGGAGUCGCAGAAGUUGAUUGAGUUGAUCAAGCAGUAUGGCACGGAUUGAAAUGCACACUUGCAGGUAGCGGAAGCAGGCAGAGUCAGUUGCGGCGAAACUUGAAGUGCGGGAUGAACAUCGUUCCAUGUUCAAGGGGCGCAGGUGUUCAUGUCCGCCGGACUACAGAGAUUGUUCUGGCCUGGUAAUGUCUCUUUGUAACGUGGCAGUGGUCUCAGAGAUGGAGCUGCUUAGUCAAUUAUGUGUACGGGUAUGAUACGAAUUGCUGUUGCUGGUGAGAUUUAGUGGUUGUUGCGUCAUCACCACAUGAGAUGAGCCGAAAACCGAAAUGGAGUUCUCGCAAGUUCUAAUACACAGAAUAACAGAACAACAGUCAGUAAUCUUGAAC